AUGAAUCCCAAUAGAAAUGAUUGGGGUCUCUGCCUCAACGAUGCACUUUGGGCUUAUAGGACGACAUACAAAACAUCGAUUGGCAUGUCCCCUUAUUGGUUAGUUUAUGGUAGGCCUUGUCACCUCCCGGUUGAACUUGAACACAAGUCAUUUUGGGCAGUAAAGCAAUGCAACAUGGACCCAAGUAUGAUGGGUGAUCAAAGAAAGCUUCAACUUAAUGAACUUGAGGAAAUUCGAAAUGAGGCCUAUGAAAUAGAAAUCAAAAGCCUGCAGACUAAUAAAGAGUUUAAGGUGAAUGAGCAUCGAUUAAAGCUAUAUUUUGAACCCUUUAUACCUCAAAAUAUGGAGAAAAUGUGA